CCUCACCAGACAACUCGCAUUACACUCACAGGCUCGAAGCCUUCCCUCGACUCUCCUUUCGUCGCCAACCCCUUCCGCAUCGUCAAAAAUGAUGCGCCCGACAUCGUUGCGCGCAGCCGCGCGCCGCAUCCCUCGCCAGUCGCGCGGGAUGGCCUCGUCACCGUCGACGGAAAAUGCGCAGAAGAAGGCGCAGGAGUAUCUCGCGACCGCGCAGAAGCUCGGCGGGCAGGGGUUUGAGGCCGCACAGAAGUAUGGGCAGCAGGGCGUCGAGACGGCGAAAAAGAUGCUGGGACCUGCGGGCGAGAAGGCUAGCACUUUGCUCGGAAGCUACAAGCAACCUCUGUUGUACAACCUUGCCGUCGCCCGGGAGAUCCUGAAGCAGGUCUACGUCGCGGAGCGUCUGCAGCCCCCCACCUCAUUAUCCGCCAUCACCAACGCGUAUUCUACUCUCUGGGCUCGUGCCAGUAAUCCGGCAUACUGGAGAGAGGUGUUAAGGAACGGGGAGUGGAAGAGGAUAGGUGUUUACGGACUCGAGGCGUACGGGAUCUUCAAGAUUGGCGAGAUCCUAGGCCGCAGGAGUCUUGUCGGGUACGACUUACAUUAGGUAUCUAUCCAUUAGAGUGCAUCAUCAACAUGUACGGAAGGCUCUGUUAAUUCUUCGUCGUGCCGUCGCUUCGAAUUCCUGCGUUCGCGUCGGGUCGUGUGCGGCUCCUCAUACCCUCAUAUCUCGACCUCAGGAGUGGAUGACGGGUCGAGUAUGCCUUGUCAGAGAGGAGGG